AAAAAAAGCUCCUUUCACCACUACCUUCUGUUGAUGUUGGUUGCCACAGUUACCCAUCUUUUCAUGUCUAUUGACACUGAUAGUUGAUAUAUCACUUGGUUUGUUCAUGUUCACUUUUGACUCGCUUUAUAUUUCUCUCUUCAACUUUCUUUAUCAUCACCAAGCCUUGUGUUGAACUAGAAAUAAAUAAAGCCUUUCAGCUCAGGAGAAAAAAAGGGAGAAGACUAGUAAUGGGGUCUUUGGGACAUGAAGCUUCAAAGAAGAUGGAAAUGUGGCUCUAUCCUAAGGUUUCAGGAUUUAAUCCUUCUGAAAGAUGGGGUCACUCUGCUUGCUACUCUCAUGGUGUUGUUUAUGUCUUUGGGGGAUGUUGUGGGGGUCUUGAUUUCAGUGAUGUUCUAAUGCUAAAUCUCGAUACAAUGGUUUGGAACACUCUGGCAACCACAGGUCAAGGGCCUGGUCCAAGAGACAGCCACAGUGCUGUUCUUGUGGGGCGUCAAAUGAUUGUGUUUGGGGGCACUAAUGGCUCUAAGAAGGUGAAUGAUCUUCAUAUAUUGGAUCUUGGGACCAAGGAGUGGAUAAGCCCUGAAUGCAAAGGGACUCCUCCUUUGCCUCGUGAAAGUCACACUGCAACUUUGAUUGGUGAUGAUAGAAUCAUGGUGUUUGGGGGAAGUGGAGAAGGUGAAGCAAAUUAUUUAAAUGAUUUGCAUGUUUUAGACCUCAAGUCCAUGAGAUGGACCUCUCCAGAGGUUAAGGGCAGUAUUCCGGCUCCUAGGGAUAGUCACAGUGCGGUUGAAAUCGGUAAUAAGCUUUUUGUGUACGGUGGUGAUCGUGGUGAUAGGUAUCACGGUGAUGUGGAUGUGCUUGAUACAGAUACAAUGACUUGGACAAAGCUUGUUGUGCAAGGAUCUUCGCCAGGUGUUCGAGCAGGUCAUGCUUCUGUGAAUAUUGGAACAAAGCUUUAUGUCAUUGGGGGUGUUGGGGACAAACAUUACUACAAUGAUGUUUGGGUGCUUGAUGUGAGUACUUGUUCAUGGACUCAACUUGAUAUAUCUGGCCAGCAACCUCAAGGGAGGUUUUCUCACACUGCGAUUGUCACCGACUUGGAUAUUGUCAUCUAUGGAGGGUGCAGAGAGGAUGAGCGUCCUCUCAAUCAGUUGUUGGUCUUGCAACUUGGAGCAGAACAUCCCAAUGGUCGAUACAACAUUUCCAUGUGCAAGAUCUUUGGACAACAUUGGAAUCAAGAAAAGAGAAGAUUUCUCCCAGGAUCAGAAGAUAUUUCGCAGUCAAUGUUUCUGGGAAACAAUGAAAUAGACAUGAAGGGCUCAUAUGAAUCAGAAGAAUCAAAGCAACCUUUUCAGUUCAGUUCAGAUACUCUGCAUCAUAAGAAGAUAAUUAGACCUACAAAUUCAAAAGCAUGGGAGAUUGAUUUAGAACAAGAAGAGCAUUCUCUUUCACCCUCUCACCAUUCAUCUCCAUCUCAGUCCGACCAAGAACAGAUACCGGUUCAGAAAUCAGUUGAUUCCCUCACAUCUUGCAAAGGACUUAAUUUCUUUAGGCAGUUAAACAAAAUUCCAAGAAAUUACCAGGCUGAUAGUGUUGCAAGUAAUCAGAAACUACCUAGACUUGUGAUUCAAAAAACCCGGCACAGGCUCCAAGUUUCAAGAGAGAAUAAAAGAGUAGAACAAUAUGUUCAUGCUGGGUUUGGCAGGCAAGGAACACCAUUCCCAGCAGUGGAACAUAGACCAAUGGAGCCAGGGUGUAUUCAAAACCUGGUUGGUGCUGAGGUUCGAGGUAAAGUUGAUGGAGCCUUCGACUCAGGCCUUCUAAUGACUGCAACUGUCAAUGGGAAGCUUUUCAGAGGGGUCUUGUUUUCACCUGCACCUGGUUUCGUAUCGAGAGGGGCAAUUCUAGCUCAAAAUCAUGCAUCACCAGCAACUCAAAUCCCCAUUGUUCAUCAAUUUCCAAACUCCAAUCAUAUUGAUACCUUGAAGCCUUCUCAUCAUCCAACAACAUUCUCAGGACAAGAAUCCAGUCAUAGUUCUCGACAAACUCAAGUGACCAGAACAUAUCCAGUAAUCAGAGCUGCUCCAUCAUUAGCCAAAGAAUCAAAUCCAAGAAGUGAUCUUCAAGGUGUGGUUCUAACACUAGGAGGACCUGCAAGUGGUCAUGCAUGACCAAUCUGAAGUUCAAAAUGUGUGGUAAUUAAUUCCAUUUCGCCUUGUAUAUCUAAACUAAUUUUCCCAUUUUAUGAUGGUGAUAAAAUUCAGGCUUAAAGAGUUGGGCAAUUUGGCUAGUCUGAACUCCAAGCCGGUCUUUUGUGCUAACCAUCAGGGCAAUUGUAAGUUUUCUGUAAUAUUAAGAGCUUAAGUGACACAUUUUGAUCCGAUCUCAGUCUAGUUAGUGUUAACUAAUGAUUCAAUGAUAUCUACAAAUGUUGGAAGUUUGUA